AUGUCAGCCGCUGCAAGUACAGGAGGCCCAAAGAACUGUUCCAUGAUCUCUUCGUCUACCAGAACUCAUUCGAAAUCCGAUCAUUCCGCGACAUCAUCGUACUCACUGCCUUAUGAUUCGGCCUCGGGCGCCUCCAGCUCAGAUUCACUGCGAGGCUCACAUUACCGCUCUCCCUCCGCGCACAACAGAGCCAGCCGACGAUCUCUUGCUGCGUUUGCCAGAGACAAGACUUCUAGCGCUUGGAGCAAUCUGAACACUAUUGGGAACACCUCAACCCCUUCGCUGCGCUCUGCAACGUCCUCUAGCAGCCUCUCUCGACAAUCGCGAGCAUUUCCGUCACUUGCGGACCCUCCACCCUCGCUUCCUGACGACCCUAUGCCAAAGGCAGAAUCAAAAACAUCCCAUGAGCCUCGCUCAACACCAAGUCCGACCCGAUCACCUCCCCUGCACUCAGCUAAGAAUUCCGUGGAUACUUCGCCAACCAGUGCUCCUGCACAGUCUCAUUCAACAACCGCUGGCGGUUACAAUAAGAUGCACCAGACUUCGUCGCGCCUUCUCCGUAUGACGGACGAGGAACGGCCCUUCACCAAAGACUUCAAAGAUCUUUUCUCCACACUGAUCGUCAGCCUGCCAUUGAAUGCACAUCGGGUUCGCUUUACAAGAAUGGAACAGACUUUUACAUCAGAAGAAGCCAUCAACAACCUGGGCUCCCUCAAAUUCUCUCAGUCAAAUCGCAUGCCUGACCCGAAAGACACCUCGAGAAUUGUGACCACAACCACGACUACAACUUUCUCUAUGGCAAAAGAGAUGGCCAGAUCGGUGUGCCAGCGCUUUUUGGACGCCAGGUUUAUAGAGCCGGCGGAUGGCAAAGCUGCAUCAUUGUUCACAUUGAAGGGUGCAGUAUGGCAGCUCACACCCAAGGGCAUUCAUAUUCUGCACAGGUUCUGUAGCCGGAACGGCAUCAAUUCCGACCAUAUCAAACCACUUCUGGUCAUGGAUACGAUGCAGUUGGUAGAGGUGGAGCGGGACACAGUCACGGACAAGCUCUCUCAAGAUCGUGGCACAAUCGAAGUCAUCUUCCGAAGAUUUGUUGGACAAGAUGGCCCAAAUAUCAAAUCCAGUGCAUCAAUCUCGGACACAGAUUCGUUGAAUGACUAUCGUAGCGGUAUACUUGGUGUGAAGAUGGCUGCCGAGCGGAAAUUUGCCGACAAUGUCGUCAAAAAUUCAUUCACCGGUAAAGCAGCUUCAGACUGGCUUCUUGAUUGCUGUAGCACUAUCGAUCGGCAGGAAACAUACGAGAUCGCAGAGACAUUCGUCCGAAACGCACUAAUGUGUUGCGUUCUUCCCGACAAGCUCUACCAAUCACAAAAUCCCAACGUAACCUUCCAUCCAACGAAGAAUGCCAUUUAUGCAUUGACGGAACGUGGACAAAGACUUUGUGGGUGGAUCACAAGGGACGAUAGCAGCAGCAGCAACGACUCGCGUCGGAGGAGGAGAGAGGUUCGGGCGGCACCUGGUGGCAACAACAACAGGCUAAACAUGAUUUUGCAAGAUCCAGCUCUGAGGUUACUUUUCCGAGAGUUCCUUAGACAUUCACUCUGUGAAGAGAAUCUAAGCUUUUAUCUCGAUGUAAAGGAGUUCACCAGCAACUACCGGUCGCUGGAAAAGAGCAACGCAUUGACAAGACUGGAUGCUGUACGUGAGACCUUGGCCGGUGCUUAUGGACUCUACAACGCCUUUCUAGCUCCGGGCUCGCCUUGCGAACUCAAUAUCGACCAUGCAUUGCGCAACAGCCUGGCCAGUCGCAUGACUCGCGCAGUUGGUGAUGAAGAAUCAAUGCUGAAGAGUCUGCGCGAAGUGGUUGAGCUCUUCGAACAUGCACAGGUUUCGGUGUUCAAGCUCAUGUCGAGUGACUCUGUGCCAAAAUUUGUCCGGGAUCCAAAGUACUCCAACGUACUGCGUGAACAUGAGCCAGAACUCGGCUUGACGGGCAGAGCGUUCUCACCCGGCCCAGCUCCGUUAGAAAGAUCGAUGAGUAGAUCUGUCACGUAG